AUGGUGAAAGAAAUCAUCAAAAGAUUGGCAGGAUUGAAAGUAUUUGAUAAUGUUGUGAUGGCAGUUGUGUCCCAAAGCCCAAACAUUCAGAAGAUUCAAUUAGAAAUUGCAGAGGAGUUGAGUUUUAAAUAUGAUGAGAAUACCGAAAGUGGAAGAGCGCGAAGGCUCCAUGGAAGACUCAUGGAAAUAAAAAGGAUCCUGAUUGUAUUAGAUGAUGUGUGGACAGAGCUCGAUUUUGAGGGUAUAGGAAUUCCUUCUCAUAAAGGGUGCAAAGUUUUGUUGACCUCGCGAAACUUGGAAGUAUGCAAUGCAAUGGGAAGUCAAGAAAUUUUUACAAUCCCCGUUUUAACACCAGAGGAAUCAUGGGAACUCUUCCGUGAAAUUGUAGGUAAACCCUUGGACUAUCCUGAUUUGGCAAAACGAGUCACGAAUGAGUGUGCAGGUUUACCUAUUGCAAUUUUAACUGUUGCGAAAGCACUAGAAAAUAAGAGGAAGCAUGUAUGGGAUGAUGCCCUCAAACAGCUACAAAGUUCAGCCCCCGGAAGCAUCUCUUCGAUGAAUGACAAAGUUUAUUCAAGCAUACAAUGUAGUUAUGAUAGAUUGGAGAGUGAUGAAGAGAAAUCAUGCCUUUUGCUUUGUUGUUUAUUUCCUGAAGAUUAUGAUAUUCCAAUUGAGUAUUUGGUUAGAUAUGGGUGGGGUCGAGGGUAUUUUAGUAACACGGAUUCAGUGGAAGAAGCAAGAAAUAGAGUGUAUUCUUUGGUUGACAAACUUCAAAGAAGGUUUUUGUUGCUAGAUGGCAAAUCGGAAGAGCAUAUCAAGAUGCAUGACAUAGUUCGUGAUGUUGCCAUACAAAUUGCCUCAAGAGAACCACAUAGAUUUCUAAUAAGAUGUGAUGCUGAAAAGAAAGGGUGGCCAAAGAUAUACGACCAUUACACAACAAUCUCACUGAUACCAAUUAAUAUUGAUGAGAUCCCAGUUGGUCUGGAUUGUCCCAAAACUUGA